AUGCAGCAGGAUCUGGGCGAGGAGUCAGCAACAGCCACUGGGCCACAACUGCUCAAUCCGCCCUUUGUGCAUUCUUUGGCUUAUUUGCCAGAUGAGACCUUGGCCGCAGGGUUGGGCGAUGGCACGGUGGCGCUGUUAGAGGAGCGCCGUCCAAGUGCUCGACUCCGAGGUGGAUUAGUGAAGUUCCCAGAAGAGGUCUAUUCAGAUGUUUGUCACCCUUUCAGUUGGUCUGGGCCUCACUGUGGCAAGUGA